CAAACCCGUAUCCCACAUUCCUGCAAAAUUUCUCACCUCCACUCCAUCCAUCCAACUCGCCGUCCAUUUCCAUCGGAGAAGCCACCGCUAAUUUCUCCGGCGACCGGCGUGGCUCAACCAAUUUGUGGAGAAGCUAUACCGUAGUGACUGUAUACCCAAUAGCAACAACGCCGAUGAUUCCACCCGCGGCGGCGAACCCGGCGUUAGAUGGCGGUGCGCCUCCGCCACCACAGAUGGUGGCUCCACCUCCUCCGGGUACAGACAUGACCGGAAUCUGCUUCCGCGAUCAGCUGUGGCUCAACACUUACCCACUUGACCGAAACCUAGUUUUUGAUUACUUCGCUCUCUCCCCAUUCUACGAUUACUCGUGCAAUAACGAGCAGCUUCGUCUCCGCGCAACUCACCCCCUCGAUCUCUCCCACCUCUCGAAGAUGACCGGAAUAGAGUACUCGUUGAGUGAAGUGUUGGAGCCGCAUUUGUUCGUAUUCAGAAAGCAAAAACGGGAUGGCCCCGAGAAAGUGACACCUAUGCUAACUUACUACGUCUUGGAUGGAUCAAUAUACCAAGCCCCCCAGCUUUGCAACGUAUUUGCGUCUCGAGUUGGACGCGCGUUGUACCAUAUAUCCAAGGCUUUUAAUACUGCAGCUUCAAAGUUGGAGAAAAUCGGAUAUGGAAUUGAAGUGGAGGAAAAGAAGGUUCCAAACUCAGAAAAGGAUUUGGUUUUGGAUGGAGGAUUUGUUUUGCCACAUGCCAAUUCUUUUGGCCAUAACUUUAGAGAUUAUGAUGCUGAAAGUGAAAGGCAACAAGGGGUGGAGACUUUCUACAAAACCCAACACAUCCACCAAACCUAUGACUUUGUGAAGAAAAUGAGAGGAGAAUAUGGUAAAUUGGACAAAGUGGAAAUGAGCCUAUGGGAAUGCUGUGAGCUACUAAAUAAUGUUGUGGACGAAAGUGACCCUGAUUUGGAUGAACCUCAAAUUCAACAUUUGCUUCAGACAGCUGAAGCAAUUAGAAGAGAUUACCCUAAUGAAGAUUGGCUCCAUUUGACCGGUCUCAUCCACGAUCUUGGGAAGGUGCUUCUUCUUCCUAGCUUUGGGGAGCUUCCACAAUGGGCAGUUGUAGGCGAUACGUUUCCGGUUGGAUGUGCGUUCGACGAGUCCAUUGUUCACCACAAGUACUUCAACGAAAAUCCCGACUACAGUAACCAUGCGUAUAAUACUAAGUUAGGAGUUUAUGAGAAAGGCUGUGGACUUGACAAAGUGUCCAUGUCGUGGGGGCACGACGACUAUAUGUAUUUGGUGGCGAAAGAAAACAAGUCGACUUUGCCCUCGGCCGGCCUUUUUAUCAUAAGAUACCACUCGUUUUACGCAUUGCAUAAAUCGGGAGCGUACAAGCACUUGAUGAACGAGGAAGACGAGGAGAAUUUAAAGUGGCUUCAUGUUUUUAACAAAUAUGAUUUGUACAGCAAGAGCAAGGUUCGGGUUGACGUGGAAAAAGUGAAACCGUAUUACCUUUCCCUCAUUCAAAAGUAUUUUCCCGAAAAACUGAGAUGGUGAAAUGCUUAAGACCUGGAAAAAUCUGGAUGCCUGGAGAAUUAAAAGCUUAUAAGUUAUAAUGUAAAACAAUAAUGAGUUUUCAUGCUCUCUUAUAUUAUAUAUAGUAAAGUGCUUUUUAGCAGAUUCUGUAUUUCAACCAAAUAAUGUUCUAUCCUGUAUUUCUGGAAAAUGUAAUAAAUAAAAUUAAUAUUUAAUAUUACAUAAUUUUUUUGUAUC